AUGAGAGCUGCCCAGGUGGUAUUGAUAUAUACUGCUAUUUUACUGACUACUACAAGUUGUCAUGAUCCUGUCCAUGUACAUACUGAUGUAGGAACUAUACUAGGAAUAACGGAAAUCAUCAACAAUGAAACAGUCUACCAGUUUCGGAAUAUCCCAUACGCCGAGCCACCGAUUGGUACGAGGAGGUUUAAGAAACCAGUUCCACAUGGAGGAUGGUCUGGUGUGUUGGACUGCACGAGAUUCGGACCUUCAUGUAUGCAACAGCAUUCGAUUUUAGAUAAAUAUGUACCAAAUCCAAACCAGUCCGAGGACUGUCUGUCGCUGAACGUCUACGUCCCGAGGACGCUCUCCUCCAGUGCUAACAGGUCGGUGAUGGUAUUUGUCUUUGGGGGCGGCUUCCUUGUCGGACAGGGCAUGCUCUACGAUGGUUCCUACCUAGCUCUGACGGGAGACACUGUUGUUGUUACACUCAAUUACAGACUCGGCGUUUUUGGAUUUCUCGCUUAUCCUGCCCACGGCUUGCAUGGCAACUACGGCCUGUGGGACCAGCGUUUAGCAUUAGAAUGGGUACAUGCACACAUAGCCGACUUUGGCGGAAAUCCUAAUUCAGUCACAUUAUUUGGCCAAUCCGCUGGUGGGUUUAGUGUUUCCUUACAGGCCAUUUAUCCCCAAAAUAAAGGAUUAUUUCAUCGAGUCAUUGCUCAUAGUGGGGUAGCUGAAGGGCACUUUGCAAUAUGGCAUCAUGCAUAUGAAUACGGAGAUGAUAUAGGCACUACUGCAGGUUGUGCAAAUACAACGUCAUAUGCAAACUGCAUGCGUAACAUACCAGCCGACAAGUUAUUACAAGUUCAAAAUUCCAUUUCACAACCGGGAAGCAUAGGAAGGAAGCUUGAGUUCGACUUAAUUGUGGGACCUGUUGUAGAUGGAGACUUUCUUCCUCUACAUCCAACCGAACUGCUUCAAAAUAAGAACUCUCAAAGUUACCAUUUCUUCCGAUCACUCGAUUUUAUUACUGGAAAUGUAGAUACGGAAGGCUCCAUUGUCUUAACAUCAUUACCAUCGAUAGCAAAAGAGAAUAAUUUCAACUUAUCCGAUGGUGUUCCAUCCGAGGUUUUUUGUCAAGAAAUUGGUCCGGCCUUACUGAAUGCGUACUUCGAGAAGGAUGUCAACUGUACAUCCGCGGAAACCCUCUUGUGUUCCGUCUAUGGUACAAAGGAUAAACCUAAGCAAGCACAGCAAACACUGGAGGCAUACGCCGACGCACUUUACUACACCCCAUCUGUAAAGAUCCUUGGAGACCAUUCAGAGGGAAACAAUGAAUCGAGUACCUAUCAGUAUGUGUUUAAACGGCCAAUACCGGAUCCAGCUUUGACAAAGGGUUAUCCCCCCUGGUGGCAGAAUGGAUCAGCACACGGCGCUGAACUAUACUACCUGUUUAGAAUUUAUGACUAUCAGGCUAACCACAGCCUCAAUGUGCCGGAAUACGACAAGAGCUUGCAAACUUCUAUUCUCAAGUACUGGACUAACUUUGCUAAUACUGGAAAUCCAAACUCGGAUGACGUACCAGUAUGGGAAAGCUAUGACGCAGUAAGGCAGAACUACUGUAGUAUGGACACCACCAUCUCACAGGAACAGCAUCUGUACGGCUCCAGACAGGAUUUAUGGUUAAACAGGCUACCCAGACUACUGCAUGGAAAUGUCACCGGAGGCCCUCUAAUUGGCAAAUAAUUGUCGUAAAAUGUGGGUAAAUUUUAUAGCAAUUGCAAAACAAAUUAUUUCAUCUUAUAUUAAUCUCUACCAUUGGUGUAUUAUCAUGUAAGUGGUGUCGCAAUUAAUUCAUAGGUUUACUGAAAGUUGUAUGAUUACUGAUACGUCAUUGCAAGCAAGCAAUAACAACAAGCUGAUAGCGGAUAUUUCUACAUUCCUUUGUUCAAUGACUAUACAAAUCCUGUAAAAAUGAAUAAUUUUAAUAGAUAAUUCUAAAGUGUCCUUUCUACCUUUGAAUACAACCAAACGAAUACUGAACAGAUACUUCAUAUCAAAUACAAUUUCAUUACACACUGAGGGGAUACUUAUUUGAAAUGACACAUGGCCACCUGUAUCGAUUAUAUACAGAAUUUCUUUAUUGGUGGUUUGGGUUUUAACAAUGACAUCAUAUUGUAACACAGCAUUCGUGACAACGUGAUGUGCAUGACAUAAUCGUCAAUUAUAAACAUUUUGUAUGCCAAAGUUUUGUUUCAGAUUUCUGGAUAUUGUUGGGCCAUGACACUGUUGUUUUAGUUCUAGAUCUCUGACAUUUUUGAUAAAGUUCUAGAUCUCUGACACUCUUGUUUUAGUUUUAGAUGUCUGACACUCUUGUUUUAAUUCUAGAUCUCCGACACUCUUGUUUUAGUACUAGAUCUCCGACACUCUUGUUUUAGUUCUAGAUCUCUGACACUCUUGUUUAAGUUCUAGAUCUCUGACACUCUUGUUUUAGUUUUAGAUCUCUGACACUCUUGUUUUAGCUCUAGAUCUCUUACACUCUUGCUUUGUUAUAGGUCUAGAUCUCUGACACUCUUGUUUACGUUAUAGAUCUCUGACACUCUUGUUUAGUUUUAGUUCUAGAUCUCUGACCCUUUUGGUUUUAGCUCUAGAUAUCUGACACCCUUGUUUAAGUUCUAGAUCUCUGACACUCGUGUUUAAGUUCUAGAUCUCUGACACUCUUGUUUUAGUUUUAGAUGUCUGACACUCUUGUUUUAGCUCUAGAUCUCUUACACUCUUGCUUUGUUAUAGGUCUAGAUCUCUGACACUCUUGUUUAGUUUUAGUUCUAGAUCUCUUACCCUUUUGGUUUUAGCUCUAGAUAUCUGACACCCUUGUUUAAGUUCUAGAUCUCCGACACUCUUGUUUUAGUACUAGAUCUCUGACACUCUUGUUUAAGUUCUAGAUCUCUGACACUCUUGUUUAAGUUCUAGAUCUCCGACACUCUUGUUUUAGUACUAGAUCUCUUACACACUUGUUUUUUGGUCUAGAUCUCUGACACACUUGUUUAAGUUCUAGAUCUCCGACACUCUUGUUUUAAUUCUAGAUCUCUGACACUCUUGUUUAGUUUUUGUUCUAGAUCUUUGACCCUUUUGUUUUAGUUCUAGAUCUCUGACACACUUGUUUAAGUUCUAGAUCUCUGACAUGUUUGUUUUAUUUCUAGGUUAGGACGGGGCGUCUGUUUCUCGAUUUAGCCUACAUUGAUUUUGACAAUGUUGUGUUAAUGUUUCUACAUGUGUAAUGUGAGAAUUAUGACAUGAACAUGCGAUCAGACCAAUAUCCAAUUAUAGCAACAUGAUUGACUCCUGAAUGUAAACAACAUCAAACUGGCUAUCUAAUCAUUGUUACAACAUUUAAAUGUAUGUUGUAAUCGGAAGACGAUUCUAUCAUUCUGAUGAGCUGGAUAUAAAAGUGUCUCUCGACUACAAGCUGUCGUACAUCUCUAUUGUACAUCUAUGAACAAAGAUAUCUUUGUGAUAUACUUGUAUCAUACAAAUGAUUAAAUGUUGACCGUAGCUCCAGGCUCUUCACAAAUCUUCAGGUUUUGAUCUUUACAUAGUCUGCCCUUUUUGAACAGAAUGUUACAACAGUAGAUAUAUUUGUUUGUCUCCAUCUCACUUUAGAACUUAUCAGAAACGUUGAAUACAAGCUGAUGAAAUAAACUUCAUAAUGA